AACACGUAAUGUCGGCUGUAAUUUUGUAAACACACCGAAUUUUAGCGCAUUUUCCGUCCCAAAACCCUCAAAAUGGACGCAAAAGAAGUGUGCGUGGAGAUAGAGAACGACGAGUUCUACAGCAAGUACUUAGUAGACAGCGUCAAGCCGCUGAUAGCCGAGAAUCUGUCGGUCUCGGAUCAGGUGAGCAAGCUCGCGCUGGGCAUCGACAAGCUCAGCAAGAGCCUGGAGCGGCAGGUGCUGGCCAAGCACAACGACCUGCUCACGCAGGCCAGCCACAUCGCCGACCUCGAGGCCUCGCUCGCCUCCGUGCAGGGGCAGGUGCAGAGCCUGCUCCGCGGCGCGCACAACCUCAAGGAACGAGUCGAUAAGCCGUACUACGCGCUUGAAAGCCAAACGCAAAUGCUCGAAAGAGUACAGACUACGUGCAAUCUGCUGCGGCACACGGCAAAGAUAUUGUCCUUGUGGAAUAAACUGUGUGAUGUCAAAGAGAAUCCUGCGAAAGAGGCUAUAAUUUUGUUUGAAUUGAAUGAGCUGAUUAGUGAUUACGAUUUCGAAGGAAUUACACUGUUGGAUGAUAUCAUUCAACAAGUAACACAGAGGAGAAAUGAUUUACUCAGUAACUCAACAUCUUUGCUACAAACAAGUUUGCUGAAUGGAGACAAAACGAAACUGCUACAAUGCUUCAAAGUCUUUCACAAUUUGCAAUGCACCAAUGAGCAAAUACAGAAUACAGUUGACAGCAUAUUGAAUGAUUUGAGGAAAGCAAUAAAGAAUGCUCUGAACGUGCAGCAGGUGUCCAUAGAAGUGAAGAAGUCGAGUUCAGGCCGCUCGGCUCCGGGGAAGGCCAAUAUCAUGAACUCACAGGAGUUCAAGAUUAAGCUGUGGGACAACAUAGAGAAGCUGUUCAGGUCCGACAUCUCCACGGCCUGCACCAAGGUCAUCAUGCUGCAGAAUGUGGUCAAUGAGCUGCAUGCUAUAGGAAACUUCCGGAAAAUAGCCAACAACUUCUGGAAUGAUCUCAUGCAGACCUUCAGCUCCGAGCUGGAGAAGAGUCCCUCUGCAGUGAGCCAGAGCAUUGAGAUUGACUACCCGAGGCUACUCAAAUGCUUCAAUGACCUGCUUCUGAAAAUGAAAUGUAAAGACUUUGAGAUGAAACGCACUUGCCUUAAAAAAUGGGAGAACUCUUUCUUGUCUAAAUCUUUGGGGAAACUUCUGGAGCCGGUCCGUAGCAUGUGGCAUCUGAGCCAGGUCCCCAGCACUGACCAAAUUGACAAUGCAGUGAGAGUUAUAGCGGAGGCUCUUAGUAUAUCACUCGGAGACAAACAGCUGAGCAUAUCCCUAGCCAACAGUGUGGCCAAGUGCAUCAAACAGAUGAAUGUGGAGACAGAACAGAGGAUAUCCAUGGACAGUGACGUGGCACAGAUCAUCGAGCCACCGACAAGCACACAACAGAAGAACGCAGAGCUCUGCAACCGACUGUACUACUUCUCGUCACAGAUUAAAAGAGUCCUCGUCAACAUGAACUCUAUGCUGCCGGCAGAGAGCGUGCAGAUAGUUCAAAACAGUCUUAAAAACAUCAGCAGCCUGCCAGUCUUGCAGCUGUUUUCGGAAUCCAUUAAAAACUCCCUCUUCAUAAUCUUGAUGACAAUGCAUGAGGAGCCAGACUUGAGCCGGUCGGACGACCCCACGGGGAAGCAGCUGUCCUGCUCUCCCUACAUGAAGGAGCUACAGCAGUUCGUGUCUCGCUGCAAGGACAUCUACCUGGGCAUGUUCCACGAGGCGGCCGCUGUCAACGAGUGUUGCAGCAACAUCGCCAAAUCCUGCAUCGAGCGGUUCAUCCAACACGUGUGCAACAUCCGACCUCUAACCAAAUUCGGGCGGGUAAAACUACAAAUCGACUGCAAACAUUUGGAGGCAGCUUUAUCUCCCAUCGUCAACGACAUGUCAGAGAUCGGCGAGCAGUACCGUCAACUACGCGCUUUACAUUUGCUGCUGGAGAAGUCGCCGCAAGAUAUAGCUAAGAGUCAGUCUGAGGGCGCUUCGUUGCCCUACUCUUUAGUGAUGAUGUUUUUAUUCGCGUUUGCCGGCCAGCAGCUCUUGGCCCCUCACGCGUGUGCGGGCUGGAGCGUGGGGAAGCUCAUGCAGUGGCUGGGCGGGCACCGCGGGGAGCGCGACCGGCUCGAGUUCGUGGCCGGCGCGCUCCAGAGGUACCAGAACCACGUGCGACAGAACAAUAUUACUAGUUAUGAUGAAGUUUAUCCCGUGUUGGUGCAGCUGCUUGAGGAUGGGAGGAAGAACAUGAAUAAAUAGGGGAUGAGUUGGAGGAAAUGUUGGUACUCAUAGUAUUGCAUCCAUCGGCAAUCCAGCGUUGAGUAAAGAAUCCUUGCAAACUGAGCGUGAAACCUAGCUACUUUGAUUUUAUUGCAAUUAUUUUAUUGUAUAAAUAAUUAUUUUAACUAUACUAUUAAUGCCUAUUGUAAAUAAAAGUAUUAUAUUUAA